GAUUAAGACUGGGAUUACUGGAGUGGCUUGAAUUAAAGAGGUGUGCGUAUUGAACAUCACGAGUUGUGGAGAGAAGAACGAUGACCGAAUCAUAUUCUCAGGAGACGGCUAUGAAGACCCCCACGAUGUUUACGAAAUACCCUGGGAUCUACAACAGCACCUGCCCCCAGCACAGGUGCAUUGAGGAGCUCCACCUGAUCUGCGUGGAUUCCCUGUGCAAGUGCCUCACGGGUUACACUCCUGACUCGCAAGGUGGAUGCAAGAGUGACGCCGCGAGUCUUGUGGUAACAUGGAUCUCCCGCGCAGUCAUCACAGCUUUUGUUUUGUUCAUCUGCGUCGUCAUACUUUACCUUAUGUUCAGCCGUAGUUCAAGUCGGGAACGGCGAGGCUCGGGCGAGUCGCUGCUGGAGAGCGAGGGGAGCGGCCAGGCCUGCUGGUACGACGCUCCCCCGCCCUACGUCGAGGUCGUCCCGCCGCCGCCCUCCUACCAGGAAGCCGUCUCGCACGUGGAGAAAGCCUCACCAGCAAUCGACGCGCUGCCGGCCUCCAGCGACGACGCAUGCGCAUUUGCACCGCCCACCGGUUUCGCAAGGACGUCCUGCGACUUCGACUUCCCUUCGGCCUUCGACACGAGGCCACCGCAGGACCGGGUCGCUGCGCCCGUUCACUCUGUCACCGCGCAGCACAAUGACGUGGCAAUACACAUAUGAGGCGGCUACGAGGCUAUCGUUGCGCUUUUCAUGAAUCUGGCCUUUGGCGCCGCAUUAGCAAGUCCGUACGUGGCUGACAAGCUAAACAAGGGAAGGCCGAACGAACGGUCGUUAUCUGAAACGCCACUGGAAAGAGGUCGAUUUAUUUUUCAAAUGAGAAAAGAAGUCGUUACCCUUCCUCUGUUUAACCGUAACCAAGUAACAACUUCAGUUGUUACAAUACCGUGUAUAUCUUUGCAUCUUUUUUAACAUGUAAAAACACCAUACUCUGUAUUUUGUUGCCAUUUAUAUGUUAGUAAGAUUGACUAGUAUGUUACUCUAUAGUAUGAUUUCGGCGAGAUGUCAAUAUACUUGUCUGUUUUCGACACUGUCAGUACGUUAGUAUCUCUGACUCAGUGUUAGUAUAUUUGACUCAGUGUUUUGUCACUGUUAGUGUUAGUAUAUUUGACUCAGUGUUUUGUCACUGUUAAUGUUAAUAUAUUUGACUAAGCGUUUUGUCACUAUUAAUAUGUUAGUACCUUUGACUCAGUGUUUUGUCACUGUUAAUACGUAAGUAUAUUUGACUCGUUAUGUCACUGUUGUAUAUUUGACACUAGGCAUUUGUUUCCAUUAACAGUAUUCUUCCAUGUUCUAUGUGUCCCCACUGUAUUGCAUCAUCCCUUACAUCCCAGUUUUCUUUAUUAAGUCUGCCUUUCAUUUUCAUCUCAGCAUCCAUUAUGCCUAAAGAGAGGGCAAAGUACAUUAACUUAUAUGAAUGCAUCCAUAUGGCAUUCUUGAAUGAGAUCUUCCUCGCCUGUUUUCCCUUUUCGAAUAUUUAUUGAUCUUUUUUGUCACUCCUAUUCCGUUUUCUUUAUUUCAAUAAAAAAUGCAGGGUUAA